AUGAUUAAAGAAAGAGAAAUGGUAACACCCUCCUUCCUAAAGGCAUGCAUGGAAGAUCUUUCUAUGGAUAUUAAAUUUGAUUUGUUGGAAAAAUUUCUAGAUAUCAAGAAGGACUUAUCCUCUCUGGCGGGGAGAUUGCAGAGAAUAGAGGAUAGACAGGAAAAUGUGGAUCAACAGCUACAAGACCUGAAGGAAGCACAGACUAAGCUGACAGAAAAAUAUGUUAUACUGGAAGAUAAACUGUGUGAUCUGGAAGACAGAUCUAGACGUUUGAAUUUAAGAUUUAGAAAUAUACCAGAGGAUAUUACAGAGGAUAAACUUCAGGAUUAUUUAAAGGAGUUUUUUGGCUGCAUGGGAUUAUCCUCUGAGCAAUACGAUAACAAAUUGUCUCGGUUUCAUCGCCUUUUUCAAAAGAAGCAAGACCAAAAAUUUCCGAGAGAUGUCAUUGCAUCUUUUUUCUCAUUUGACUUUAAACGCAAGGUGUAUCAGACGGCAAGGAACAUCGUCAUCGAGCAAGAAAAAUUUAAGGCAAUAAAAGUAUUAACGGAUGUCUCUUUUCUUACACGACAACGAAGAAAUCUAUUUUCGCUAGUGUUUCCGUAUUUAGAGAAAUACAAUAUUAAAUUUAAAUGGAACCAACAAUCAGCUCUACAAAUUUACUAUAGGGACAUCUGGAAGACCUUUUCAACAUUAGAACAAGUCCUUGUCUGGCUAAAAGACAAUAAGUUAUAG